ACGCACACAGAGAUACACACAUCACUUCCGUCUGUUAUUUCCCUGUGAGGUGAACACCUGAACAAUAAAGGCGGCAGGAUGGACGUCGUUAAUCAGCUGGUGGCCCAAGGGCAGUUCCGGGUGAUCAAAGUUCCUCUAGGCUUCAUCAAAGUGUUACAAUGGUUCUUCGCCAUCUUUGCGUUCUCCACCUGUGGGAGUUACUCUGGGAUGUUCAAGAUGUCGGUGGAGUGUAAGAACCGGACGGAGAGCGACCUGAGCAUCGAGGUGGAGUUUGAAUAUCCCUUCAGGCUCCACCAGGUGUAUUUCGACGCUCCGACCUGUAAGGGCGGGAACCCGGAGCGUCUCUUCCUGGUCGGCGACUACUCUUCCUCAGCCGAGUUCUUCGUCACCAUCGGCGUCUUCGCCUUCCUCUACUCCACCGCCGCCCUCAGCAUCUACGUCUUCGUCUUUGACAAGUACAAGGAGAACAACAAGGGGCCUCUGAUCGACCUGGGUGUGACGGCGGUGUUUGCCUUCAUGUGGUUGGUGAGUUCGGCGGCCUGGGCUAAAGGUCUGUCCGAUGUGAAGAUGGCGACCGACCCGGACAAGGUGAUCACGCUGAUCGACGCCUGCAACAAUGAGGAGAACCGAUGUCGUGAAGUCCACGACCCGGUGAUGUCGGGCCUCAACACCUCUGUGGCGUUUGGGUUCAUCAACCUGAUCCUGUGGGCGGGGAACCUCUGGUUCGUCUUUAAGGAGACGGGCAUCAUUGCUCCCUUCAUGCGAGCUCCGCCCCCUCAGCAGAAGCCGGCUGCGCCGGACGCCUACGGCCAGCAGGGGGCAUACGAACAAGACCCGUACGCCAGCAACCAGGGAGGCUACCAGCCCGACUACAGCCAGCAGGGAUACAACCAGCAGGAUGCGGAGUACGGCCAGGGGUACGGACAGCAGGGGGCGCCAACCUCCUUCUCCAAUCAGAUGUGAAGAGACAGGAAGCAGAGGCGGUGGAGUGAAUGAUGCGUGGGUCGCCUGCAACCUACCCACGAUGCAACACUCCUGUCUGUCUGCACAGCUCAUGUGGGGGUGGGAGGGGAG